AAGAGCAGAAACGGGAAAAAUAGCGGAUGGUUUGACCUCAUUGGGGUUAUUUGUUAUUUUCUUCGCCGUUUUUGUGGAGACCACUGAUGUAACGGUUCUGGAUUUGAUGGGUUGGGUUGGCAGGACGGGAUGCACAAAGGAGCGUAUUUUACACCGUGUUUAGUUGCGGAUUAGGAGAGGGGGAUCAAACGGAGGAGGGGAAGAGGGGAACACAACAACAAGGAGACGUUCUUUAUUAGCCGGGGGAAGACAGCGCCAGACCAGGAUACGGUAGCGGAGAGAAGAAUAAGACCGAAAGCGUCGCUCGAAUGAUUGUGCUGUGGUGGAUCCCGCGACGAUGCGACGACACUGCUGGGUGAUAGUGCUGGCGGGGAUGUUGUCGUACUUCAACCCGGAGAGAGCCCUUGGAGCCCCGCAGAGAGAAGUCUCUCAAUCCAGGGCUGCGUCUCUCUCUUCUCCGCCCUACGUCGUCAUCCUCAUCUCUUGCUCGGGGCUCGUCUCCUUUGUUUUACUGCUCUUCACCUGUCUGUGCUGUAAGAAGGGAGGAGUGGGAUUCAAUGAGUUUGACAAUGCAGAGGGGGAGGAGUGUUCUGGGGGUUCUAGCCCCGCCCAGGAGGACAGUCUGUCCUCUUGCCCCUCCCUCCCGGAGGUCUACACCCUCCCACUCAGGGACAGGGCUAACUACUCUAAGUCGAAGUACUUCCAUAGGCACACUCUCAACUACCUUCAGGAAAUAGGAAAUGGCUGGUUUGGAAAGGUGAUCCUAGCGGAGGUGCUGUGUGACUGCAGCUCCUCCCAGGCCGUGGUGAAGGAGUUGCGGGUCAGUGCCAGCCCUCUGGAGCAGAGGAAGUUCUUGGCUGAGUCUGAGCCAUACAGGAGUCUCCAACAUCCCAACAUCCUUCAGUGUUUGGGCCAAUGCAGCGAGAGCAUUCCCUUCCUGCUGGUCAUGGAGUUCUGUCAGUUGGGCGACCUGAAGAGGUACCUGAGAGCCCAGAGAAAGUCAGAUGGGAUGACCCCUGACCUUCUGACCCGGGAAAUGCUGACCCUGCAGAGGAUGGCGUUUGAAAUCACCUCUGGCCUGCUGCACCUCCACGAGAAUAACUACAUCCACAGUGAUCUGGCUUUGAGGAACUGUCUCCUUACCUCUGACCUCACUGUCAGAAUCGGAGACUAUGGGCUGUCUCACAACCACUACAAGGAUGACUAUUACCUAACAUCAGACAAGCUGUGGAUUCCCCUGAGGUGGAUAGCGCCAGAGCUUCUGGAGGAGUACAGAGGAUCUCUGAUCGUCACUGACCAGACCAAGACCAGCAAUCUGUGGUCUCUUGGGGUGGUGAUCUGGGAGCUGUUUGAAUUUGGUUCUCAGCCUCACAGGCACCUGAGUGAUGAGGAAGUGUUGACCUUCGUCAUCAGAGAGAGACAGAUCACCCUGGCCCAGCCACGGCUCAAACUCUCCCACGCUGACUACUGGUAUGAGAUCAUGCAGUCCUGCUGGCUCCCUCCUUCCCAACGCCCCUCCAUCGCUGAGGUAUUCCUCCUCCUCUCCUCCCUUCUGGCUGCUGAGCGAGGGAUGUCCCGGAGGAGUGUGGGAGAGGACGAGGAGGAUGAGGACGAGGAGUAUGAGGAAGGGAGAGGAAGAAGAGGAGAGAGCGAUGAGUCAUUUGAAAGACGGUGGGAUUCUCUCCGUCCUCCGGCCUUCCAGGCUGCAGCGAGUGAACGACAGAGAGAGAGGGAGUAUGGGAGGGAUGACAGGGGGAACUCUUACCCUCUACUGGACCCCGUGGGGAACUGCAUCACCCCAUCCUCCACAGAACUCGAUGACAUCCUGACAGUCACGGAGACCAGUAAAGGGUUAAAUUUUGAGUACUUCUGGGAGAAGGCCCAUGCGAGGUGGGGCUACCAACCACCUCCUCCUCCCCAGCCAAUCCCGAUGGUCAACCCCUCCCACAGACAAUCACUGGACACACCCACGGUUGUCCCUGUGAUAAGUGCACGUAGCCCCUCCCUCGCCAGCGAGUACUUCAUCCGAUUGGAGGAGCACACCCCUCAGGAUAAGUCCCCAUCUCUUAAAGGGAAAGCGUUCUGUUCUGACUCGUUGUUUCCUGGAGAUCUGGAGCUAGUGGAGAUACGUAGCGGAAUGCUGGGCAAAGAACGCGCGCCGUACAGUUCUGAUGAGGAGUACCCUGGGCGAGGAGGGAAAUCCAUCCGGACCAUCCGAUCCAGCGAGGUCCAGAUAAGGGUCCCCAACACUGGGGUGGCAGUGUUCAAAGACACCUCCAGUAGGGUGACUGACUUCUCUGUGGUGGAUUUAGGAGAUGAGGAGGAGGGGGGGUGAAGGAGACAGUAGGUCAUCCACUGGUUCUCAGGCCCCUGUCCUGCCUCCCAAGCCACGUUCUAUGUCAACCUCCUCGGGCAACCACCUCCACUCGCGCCCCCUCCCUGCUCCUCCGUUGGGCUACCACCGAGUAGGACUUGGGCUGGGUCACUAUUCCAUGAGUGGUAAGAUAGAAACGAUGGACCCUCUGACGGGCAGCUGCCUGCCAUCAUCAUAUGAUCACUUAGGGUUCCACCGUCCUCGUCAGACCAUGCCCCCCUCCCCGUCACUGUCCCCCUCCCUACCCCAGUCCAGCCACCCCAUCUACCCCACUCCCCAAACAUGUCCUCCCCCUCUCCCACCUCACUACAAGCUCCAAAGGGGCCUGUAUCACAGCUAUGGUGUAGGUAGCUACUCCAGAUACAGUAAGCCCCAGAUGUACUCUCAAAGAGAGCCACUAUCCUGUGACGACUCAGACCGACAAGGUGGUGUACGGCGCACAGCAUCAUUGCACAACACAAAGGGAACAUCCAAUUUCCGCUCAAAAGACUUUGACUCUCCCGUACGACGUCAGAACGUAUUUCGCCCUGUUUACCGCAACACCUCCCACUCCGAG